AUGCCUGAGUUAAUCGAACAAAUGUACUGCUCCCAGCAGAUCGUCAUUCCGCCUAAAUUUCCGUACAUUCUGAAACGCUACUGCAAGGCGGCAAUAAAGACGCAGCCAUACGAUUUACUGCGCUGGUCAUACGAGUAUUUCAAGGCACUGGCGCAGCAUCGCCCUCCUCCGGUCAAGCUACGUCUAGAGUACCCCGUGUAUCAUACCGAGGGCGGUCUCACUAGAGGAUGCCUGAAAGUUUUGGCGCUACAGUUGUCGGGCAUGGAAGACGUCCCACUGACCGUACUUAAAGAAGCUUGGCGGGGUUUUUGUCUCGACUACGAGGAGUUGAAGAGGAUAAUGUGCCUCUGUGAAGUUUACCGGCGGGAGGACAGUGUACCCCUUCUGCAUUUUAUUGCAGUUGCUGGAGGACUGCUAACAAAGACUCUAACGCAUACGAUGAUCCUUCUUUGUGAAACCCUCACCAAAGAGCCUGACGGUGGAUCAGCAGCAAUCCCAGUGGAACACUUUCUGACAAUGUACAAAUUUCUGGCGAGCAUGGACGCCUCCAAAGAUAUCAAGUACUUUAAUGGAUUUAGAGAAGGCCAAACUCCACCACCAGAGCCGGAAAGUGAGGAAAGCGACUUUUCGAAAACAGUGGAGAAUUCGCACGAAGAGAAAAUGCUUCGAGAAAUGAGCGCUGCUAAAAUGAGCCCUGAGGAUACUCAAGAAGGAAUGGUAGCAGGGCGACAAAUGUCGACCACAAGCGGUGAAUUUAUCGUACAACAUGUAGAACGCGAGAUCAUGGAGAAAGUUGACGAGCAGAUCGAGAUUUUGCCUGAUCCGGACUUGAAGAAAAAGAAGGCAAAACCUGAAGAGAUAGCUAUGAUAAGAGAAAUUAUUGAAAUAUACCUGGAUGACAAUAUAGAUGUAAUUGUGCCUGAAAUAGAAGAAGUAGAGGAAGAAGAAGAGCCUAUACCCGAGAUAGUAAUUGUCUACGCUGUGCCUGGUAUCGGACCACCGGUGGAUGAAGAAAUUGUAAAAGAGGUGGAGGAGUACGCCUUAGACGUCGCAAAAGUGCAAGCUGAUUUGUUUAUGCCACGCAACAUUCGGCAUUUUCUAUGCCCACCUUUAGAGAAAUGCAUCGAGUAUAAUUUUGAAGAGUCCCCACCAAAGAAAGAAGAGCUUCCUACGGGAGGAGCUUUUACAGAUUAA